AUGGAUAAUGAAGAAGCUGUUUAAAUAUUGAUAUUAAAAUCCGAAUAAUAAAUUAAAAUGAUUAAUAUGCUCAAUUCAUAACUUGAGAAAUCGAAUAAUGAAAAAUCUGAAUUGAGAUUUCAAGUAUAUAUGAAUUAUUAAAUAAUCAGCUUAUAGCUUUAUAAAAUGAUAAUAUGACACUUAGAAGAGAAAAAGAAGGUUUAUACUUUCAACUUGAAUAAUUGUAGAAGUAAUUAACAAAUUUUGAUCAGAAAAAAGAUAAUUAAAUUGUAUAAUCAAAUUUAGUUGAAUAAAGUUUAGAAUAAGAAAAUAAGAGAAAUGAUUCUGUUUAAAUUAAAUAAGAAUUAUUUGAAAAAGAAUAUCAUAAAUUAUUAAAUGAAAACUCUAAAAUAUUGUAAACAGUGUAAGAUUUAUAAGGAAAAAAUUAAUUACAAUCCAUAAAAAUUGAAUAACUGUAACAUCAAGUAUUAGAAAUAUAAAAUGAAAUCAAUUUUAAAGAAGCACUUAUCUAAAAAAAAGAUCAUCAUAUUUAAGAUUAUGAAAAAUAAAUAUCUCAUAUAAUUGAUGUAUAUCAAGAGAAAAUCUUUGGAUAAGAACAUCAAUUAUAAAAAAUGAGAGAUUUUAUGCUAUAAAGUUAUCAAUAAAAUGGACAUGAUAAUUAAAAUAAUUAACCUGAAAUUUCUAAGCUAAUAUUAAAUACAGAGAAUAUGAAUCAAAAUGCAAAUAUAUUAUUAAGAAAUGAUUAAUAAUAAAGAUAAUAACCAUAAAAUUCUGUCCCUCCAUUAUAACAGUUGCCAGUAUAUAAAUGAAUAAUAUUAAUAGUUAUCUGCUGAGAGAUAUAAUACAGACAUUAAUGAACUUUAAGCACAAUCAUCUGGUAGACACCAAAUUAAACAAAGUAUAAACAAUCCAGGACAAAUGAGAUAAUCAAAUGAAUAAAAUACCUUUUAAUUCAACACUGUUUAAUCUGAGUUUAGUAGUAUAUCUCAACCAAAAGUAUCUGAAAGAUUUAAAUAUAGUGAUUAUAAUUGA